AUGUGUCCACGUCGUGGAGAUGGGCAACAGCAUAGUGGUAGGGGUAGACGACGGGUGAGCCGGCGGGCCAAAGGAAAAGCCAAGGCUGUGUUUAAUCACAAGUCCAGAUUACUUAGUACGUCAAAGCUAAAUAUGAUAAAACUGAUAGCUCCAGGUACGCAGAAUCUGCCUCUUCUCCUGUGUGGGCCAAAGUUAGAGUGUUCAAAAGGAAAAGCCAAGACCAAAGGAAAAGCCAAGGCUGUGUUUAAUCAUAAGUCCAGAUUACUUGUACGCCAAAGCAAAACCCCUAGUCCCCAGCAGACCUUAAAUGGUCAAGGGAUGCUAAGAAUCUCUGGGUUCAUGUCGAAUGCAGCAAUGAAGGGCUGUUGCAAAUGGCUAAGAACUGGGCUUUCCACGGUUAAACGACUUGGAAUGCUAAACGCUGGAUCCAUGGCCGGAGUAUGGAAGCUGCUGAGACAUUUGAAAGACGAAAAUAUGUUGUUUUUAAGAAACAAGAUGGAAGUCAAACGGUGUUCGACAACUCUGAAGCAGGAAAAGACAAGUUACUUUGGACUGGCCACAAAAAGGCACAAGUUUGUGAGGAUCGGCGAACACAUGUGCUAUAACUUUCCAAUUAUUGGUUUAUAA